UCCUUGAUCAAGUUAUCAUUCUUCUUCUUCUUCUGCAAUUUCUGCUAAAUACACAUCGCACGAAAUGCACCCCAAUUUCCCCAACUCUCUUCUUCUCAAUUUCUCCUAAUCCUAAUCUUACAUAUAUAUUUAUAUAUAUACAUAUGCUCAUUCGCAGCCUCAAUCCGAUCAGGUUCGUUUCCCUGCACUUGUGUCCAAUUACAGACAUAAGAAACCUCGCGCAGCCAUGACCGACGCAGUGAUAACAGUAAUCCUGACGCAAGUCGUCACGAUUCUGGACGAACAAAUCCGGCAAGAGAUCCGAUUAGUGACCGGCGUCGGGAAAGAGGUCAAGAAGCUCAAGACCGAGUUCGAGUCCAUCAAAGCCGUCCUCGUCGACGCCGAGAAGAGACGGGUCGAGGACGAAACCGUCAAGGUAUGGCUCGACAACAUCAAGGACGUUUCCUACGACACCGAGGAUGUCCUGUCCGAGUGGCUCACCGCUAUCCGCAAGGCUCAGAUCCAUGGCCUCCAAAACCCUUCCAAGAUUCAUUCCUUCCUCACUCUACCUUGCGUCGGUUUCAACAGAGUCGCCCAUCGUCGCGACAUAGCAAUCAAGAUAAAGAAAAUCAACGAGAGGCUCGCUUCGAUCGCUACCGACAGAUUAAGGUAUAAAUUCAACGUCAAAAUACCUCGCAAUGAAUACAUUGAUAGGAUUAGGACAACCUCAUAUGUAGACAUAUCUCAAGUCCAAGGUCGGGAGUUAGACAAGAGCACUCUAAUAGCCAAAUUGAUAUCUCCUAGGAAUAAAAAAACCAGUCUAAACAUAAUGUCCGUGAUCGGGUUAGGAGGCAUUGGCAAGACAACCUUAGCACAGGUAGCAUACAAUUCGAGCGAAGUUAUCCGAGAAUUCGAUUUGCGGAUUUGGGUGUGUGUGUUGGAGCAUUUCGAUGAGGUCCGAAUAGCGAAAGCCAUAUUAGAAGACGUGGAAGGGAGCGCACCGUAUUUGUUCGAGCUUGAAACAGCUGCGCGAAGAAUCAGACAGUGUAUACGAGGGAAGAAGUUCUUACUUGUGUUGGACGAUGUUUGGACAGAGGAUUUUAGGAAAUGGGAGCAGCUUUGGAACACUUUGAGCACGGGCAGUCCGGGCAGCGCCGUGCUCGUGACCACUAGAAGCGAGAGGGUUGCGAAAGCAAUGGGGAGUAGCUACGAUCUGCGGUUAGAGGAGUUAUCGAGGAAUGAUUCUUGGACAUUGUUUGAGAAAAUAGCGUUCCACGAACGGAGUAGGGAGGAGUGUAAGAGAUUCGAGGUUGUCGGAAGGCAGAUUUCGGACAAGUGCAAGGGGCGGCCCCUUACCGUUAGGACAAUAGCCAGUUUGAUGAGGUCGAAAACAUCCUUACAAGACUGGUCCGAGGUGUUGGCGAGCGAGAUUUGGGCGUUGAAGGAAGCCAAGGGGCUUUUCCCACCGUUGAUGCUGAGCUACGACGAUCUCCACCCGUCCCUGAAGCCGUGCUUUUUGUUCUGCGCUGUCUUUCCUAAGGAUCAUGUAAUAAAGGCGGACGAUCUGAUCAAGCUAUGGAUGGCGCAGGGGUAUCUCGAAUCGAGUGAUCCGAGUGUUGCGAUGGAGGAUUUAGGACACGAGUACCUCCAGAACUUGGCGAUGAGGUCGUUUUUCCAGGACAUGAAAACCGAGAAGGACGGGAAUAGGAUCGUAAGCGUGAAAAUGCACGAUAUGGUUCACGACUUCGCGCAUUACCUAACGAAGAACGAGUGCUCGAUUCUCGAAGUCACCUCUGAUUUAGAGCGAAAGAUCGAGUUAGGCCACGAAAGGGCGCGCCAUAUGACACUGAUACGAUCGGAAGACGGGCCUUUCCCUAAAGUCCCGAAUGUCGAACGCCUGUCGACGUAUUGGGUGCAGUCUUUUUACGAUUCGCCACCGAUCGUGAGCAAGGAUGACCGAGUCGAAGCCGAGUUCUUCGAUCGAUUGCCGCGUCUCAAGGCUCUCGAUUUGAGCCGUAACCGUAUAGGCGAACUUGCUAAAGAAAUCGGGAAUUUGGUACUGCUAAAGUUCCUAAACUUAUCCCACAAUCCGAUUCACGAGCUACCCGAUAGUCUCUGUGAGUUAUACAAUCUGCAGACGCUGAAGCUUUCCGCCUGCAGCCGAUUACGAAAGUUGCCGCAAGGAAUCGGGAAGCUCGUGAACUUAAGACAUGUCGAAAUUGAUCGAACGGACAGCCUCAAGACACUGCCUAAAGGGAUUGGUGAAAUGGAAUCGCUUCAGACACUAAGCAAGUUCGUCGUAGGUUGCGGGAAGGACACGAUAGGAGAAGCGACGUGCAAGAUCGCAGAUUUGAACAAGCUUAACGAUCUCCGAGGAUGUCUGAAGAUCGAAGGGCUGGGGUGCGUUACGAACGUCGACGAAGCUAAAACAGCUAAGCUCCACGAAAAGAGCUCGCUCGUCGACGUCGAGAUGAAUUUCAGCCCCGCGAACAAAAUUGAGCGGCAAGAGGAAGUGAUCGAGGCCCUCGAGCCGCAGAAAAACUUGCAGUGCUUACAGAUUAGUUCUUACAAAGGCUUGAAACUUCCGAAGUGGAUAAUGACAUUAACAGAUCUGCGGAAACUGUGUCUGAAGGACUGCCCGAGCUGCGCGGAUCUGCCGCCGCUGGGGAGGCUGCCGUCGUUGGAGACGCUCCACAUCGAAGGCAUGAGUAGUGUGAAGGUUCUUGGGAUCGAAUUCUUGGGAGUCGGCGCAGAGAAAUCGACGGCAUUCCCGAUGCUGAAGCAGCUGAAGAUGUUGAGAAUGGAGAGCUGGGAAGAGUGGAAGAUAAGUAGCGACAACGAGAGCGAGCGAUUCGAGAUGAUGCCACGCUUGCGCUGUCUGAAAAUCGUGCAUUGCGCGAAGCUGAAGGCGCUGCCGGUCGAUAUCCUGAGGAAGCGAUCGAUCGGAAAGCUGCGAAUCGAGCAGUGCAGCCGGCGGCUGGAGGAGGAUUAUUACAGAGAAACUGGCGUGGAGUUGAGCAAGAUUCCACACAUUGCCAAAAUCCGAGUUUGUUAUUGAGCGUGUGUAAUGUUAAUAUUUUACGAAAAUUGAAAAAUUGCAUUGUAUUGAUUUUCAAAAUAAAAGGUCGGACUCAAAUUUAAAUAA